CCGGCGCGUUAGGUCGCUACGUCCGGAUGAGUAGGUACGGGGCGACGCCGCGAAGGAUACCCGCGGCACACCGGGGCUACCUGGCGACGCCCGGCGUCCAUACCCGCAGCGACGCCCGCCGCUCGUCGAGGGACAGUCGGGGAGGCGCCGAGUGAGUGGUUUCCAAGAUACUCGUCCAGGAACCUUCCGUGGACUUCCUGAACUCCCGACCGGGGCUUCUUCAGGUUCUCCCGCAUAUCCUGGAAUCGAGUUUACAGGAUGAGACAGGGAGAGCAGCCGCACCCUCCUCGACGUCCUCGCGAGCUCGUCGACCGGGAGCCGACCUCGAUGAGCUCGACGACCUCGAUGGACCCUGACGUAGCCAGCGAAUCUGCUAGUGGUAGCAACGGAUAUGCCUACAGACCCUUGACGACGAGGCAUCGUCGAGCCGGCAGCACCGGGACCACCGGCGACGAGGAGUACACCAGCGACGAAGAGGAGCUCUACGGCGACGAGGCCGAGUCGGCGGGGUGUCCGUCUCUGCAUGCCUCUCAGCCCGUGGGUGGCAUCCUCAGGUCCGACCUCGCUAGGGCGGCCACCGACCUCUUCGGCUACGCCGAGAAAGAGGAGCACACCGGCCUCUUCGACGAGGAGGACUCCGAAUUCAACGCUUCGCCCCGGCCGAGCAGGCCAGCGAGCAAGCCGUCUCUUCUGGGCCAGCCAGGAUCGACUCGUGGGGUCGGUCGGCUCUUCAACGGGGUCGUCAGGAUCUCCAAGGAGUCCAAGGUGGACCCUGAGAAGCCCGAGGUGGCGGUCGCCGAGAGGAAGAGGUCCUGCAGCCCGGAAUGCUCCGAGAGGAAGGAGCCCUCCACUCAUCCGGACCCCGACGAAGAGGUGCUCCAACCUGAAGGACCCUCUGCCGCUUCCGAGACCCUUCAAUCCACCGGCAGGAAUCACGUCGACCUGGAUGUACAUCCUCCUGGGAAAGGAGACGAACCCGGAGGCCCUGCUCCUGGAGUCAGGGAGGAGAAACGCGCCAGGUCAUCCUCGCCGACUGCUUUGCAAAGGGAGAGGGCCUUGUCCGAGGUCAGGGAACAUGCGGUGGCCAAACUGCAGGAUGAGGUCCGUCGUGUUCGGGAGGAGCUCAGGAUCAAGGACGAGGAAGUCACUCGACUCACGAGGAUCAGACAGGACGUCGAGGCUGAGCUGGAGGACCUCACCGCCAGCCUCUUUCAGGAAGCCCACAACAUGGUGCGGGAGGCGAACGUGCGCCAAGCGACAGCGGAGCGCCUCUUCGAGGAGAGUCGCAUGAAGGCGGAGGUCCUGGCCGCCGAAGUGGCCGCCCUGAAGACGCUGGUCCUCACGUCGACCCCGGCGAGGCCCAACAAGCAUCUGCACCCUCAGAUCGACGCCCGGGGAAGAACGGCGCCCGUCACGCCAGUCACCGCGACGCCGAUCACCACGGCCACGACGACAACCGCGAUCACCACGUCGGCGACCGCGACGUCGCCCGCAAACUCCGAAGACACGCAACCGGGCCUCUUCGCCCUGAGGAGGCAUCGCAGAUCGCCAUCGCACUUCAACCUGAAGUACGGCCGCGAGAACUCGCCCCCGGACUCGCCAUCCGGGAAGGAGCAACGCCUCUCCGGACCCGAGAGAGAGGUUCUCGUCGACGGGACCUGGUGCAUGGACCGCGUCGACGGAGGCCGGGGUGACCGGGACGAGCCCGGAGGCAGAUUCCCCGGGGAACGGGAUGCCGAUUUCGGACUCGAGGUCGACCCGAGGGUGCACGCCGAGUUCCUCAGCUGGAAGGCCAAUCCGAGGCUCGACAAGGAUGACCCCUUCGUCGCCAGGAUCUUCCGCGAGGACAUCGACCUGUGCCUCGACUUCCCGAACGUCCUCCUCGGGGCUAGGGUCAAGCAGGCCGUGCUGGACGGAAUCGUCUUCAUCGAGGCCGUCAGCGACAAGGCUGGACCGUCAUUCCCCACGACGUGUGCCCUCCUAGAGACGCCUCGUCGGUGUCGCUACCGGAUGAGGCUCGGCGAUCAGGAGAAACAUUGGCACAGCAUAUCCAGGGUCUGCCGUAAUAGGAUCAUCGCUGUCUGUGACUGCCUGAAUUACCUGCGGUACAUUGAACGAGGUCUGGUGAAGAGUUCAGUGCAAGACAUGUAUUGGGAGAUCACUCGACUGCGAAAGGACAUCGUGCUGGCCAGACUGGGAUUGGCAUUUUGCAAUUAAAGGAUUCGUGCUCUCUGAUUAGACGAUAAUCUACGCUUGGAAGCCUCGCAAGACCCUUUGUAAGAACUUUGAGAGGCCUCAAGCUUUCUCUCUUGUCUUUCACCGAGUCUUCCCAUCCUGUGAACGAGCAACGGAAAGGAGACUCGAUACAAGAGCUUCACCAGGAAUCGCAUGACCGAAGCGGGACAAGUACUCUCCUGACUAGUUAUUGUUAUGUAAAUAUUUUAAAUAUUUAGCGGAGACUCUGACAGGUCGGAAUAAUUAAUGUCACAGGUGCUCCCUUUGGUGGACAUCCCAUGGAGAACCGUUCUUAUACUCCGUUUUAAUAAGCUAAGCAUGGCAACUUGUGAAUAAAAUGUACAUUCAUAGCGGGAAGCACAGUAAGAAUAUUAACGUCAACAUUGCUGCGCGAUUUGGCUACGUAACAAAAAAAAAUAAAACCAGUGUUGAAUAUUAGUAACCUAACAGUUACAGUGUUAAAUACUCGCGAAAUAUAACGUUACAAUCCGACCA